AUGGAGCCUAACGUUAAAGAAUUGUUCAAUGAAGUUAAAUUACAAAUCAAAUCACUCUUGAGCGACAGACGGUCAAACAUUUCUGACGGAUUUGAGGAGACAUUUACCUCUAUAGAGGAUGACAGCUACAAAUCCUCCCCAGGGGAAAAUGGAAACUACAUUGGAGAAAUACGAAAUCUGCGAGCACAGCUUAUGGAAAGCUACGAGGCACUUACCAAAUGUCGCGACACUUUAGAAUCCAUUUCCUUUGAAGAUAUUGGUCAUAAGAUUAAAAACUUCCACUUGCCUCUGCAGGACCUGCAAAUGGAAGUCGCUGCAGAACGUCGCAAAUCCUUGGGGUCGCAUCAUGCCAUAAAUAACGUUUUAAAAUAUCAUUUGGAAAAAUGCGAGGAUUUUGGUGAAAUACCGGAGUUGCAAAUAUUCUUUAGAUGCUGCUCUCAACUUAGGUAUUAUGUUGAAAAGAUCGUGGAGCAGAACAAGCAGUUUGAGCAACUCGAUCAGAGAUUGCAAAAGGCAAUUUGUGAGACGCAGCGGAAGAUAGCCAAUAUGAAAAGGGCCGCUGCAGAGAAAAUUUUGGACACGUAGUGUCAAAAAUUUUUUUAAUAUCUGUGGACAAAAUAUAUUU